GAGGAUGGAGGGAGAAGUGAUGCUGAGAGGAAGAGAGAAAGAGAUGGGGGAGAGAGAGAGGCAGUCAGCUCAGCGCAGAGCAGCCACUGUGAACGAGCAAGCGAGCGGGCGCGCGCGUAAAGGAAGGGAGGGAAAGGGGAAGGAGCCGAGGCAGUGAGAGCAGUCGCCAGCGGAGCCCGAGACGGCGGAUGAACGGAGCCGAGCGAGUGUGUAGUCCUCGUCGUUUUCCACAGCAGUAGCUGACAGCAGCGUCCGGCAGACCCGGAGCAGCGUGCCCGACAAUGAUGCUCAAACUCGUCCAUCUCCUCGGGGUGCUCGUCUGCGGCGGUCAAGCCGCCCUGCAGGUGUCCAUAUCCUUGAACAAAGUGGAGUUAAGUGUCGGAGAGUCCAAAUUCUUCAUCUGCACAGCUAUCGGAGAGCCAGUGAGGCUCGAGUGGUACAACCCCCAGGGCGAACGCAUCGCCACCUCCAGGCGGAUCGCGCUUCACACGGAGACGUCGCGAUCCAGGCUCAUCAUCUACAACGCCAUCAUCGAGGACGCGGGCAUCUACCGCUGCCAGGCCACGGACGCCAGCGGUCACACUGAGGAGGCUUCAGUCGUUCUGGAAAUCUACCAGAGGCUCACGUUCCGGGAUAUUCAGUCGCCGCAGGAGUUCCGCCAAGGUGAUACAGCAGAGGUGGUGUGUGAUGUCAUAAGCUCGCCGGUGCCGGCGGUGGUGUGGUACUACCAGGAGAAGGAAAUCACCGAGGAGUACCACAACAAAUACCAGGUGCUCGCGAACAACAACCUGCAGAUCCAUCGCGUGACCAAGGCGGACGAGGGCGUGUACCGCUGCGAGGCGAGCGUGGAGGCUCGCGGCGAGAUUGAUUUUGUGGAUAUCGCAGUGGUGGUCAAUGUCCCUCCUGUGCUGUCAGUGACCCAGCAGUCCUUCAACGCCACGGCCGACUACCAGGAAUCGGUUACCUUCACUUGCAUCACCUCUGGGUCUCCGGAUCCUGUGGUCACAUGGCACAGGAAAGGGCAGCAGCUGGAGCUGUCGGAGCAGUACAUUUUCAACCGGCUGGAGGGCGGGCGCAGCAUCCUAACCAUCCACAACAUCCAGCAGGGCGACGGGGGCACUUACUCCUGCAAGGCCACCAACAAGGCGGGAUCUCAGGAGCGAGAGCUCUUCCUCAAAGUGUUCGUCCAGCCUCACAUCACCCAGCUGAAAAACGUGACAGCCGUGGAGGGCAGCGCCGCCAUGAUCUCCUGCGUGGCUGAGGGCGAGCCGCUGCCCGACAUCUCCUGGAGGAGAGCCAGCGACGGCCAGACCUUCGUGGAAGGAGACAAGAGGCAGGACGGACGCUUUGAAGUGCGCGGCCGUCACGGGAAGUCGGUGUUGACCAUCAGCGGCGUGAGGCUGAGUGACUUGGGUCGCUUUGACUGCGAGGCUCAGAGCAGGAUCGGCGGUCAUCAGAAGAGCAUGUUCCUGGACAUUGAGUAUGUACCGAAGUUCCUGACCAAUCACACCAUCUAUUAUUCAUGGGAGGGCAACCCGGUGAACAUCAGCUGUGACGUGAUGUCCAACCCUGCCGCUACCAUGCUGUGGAGGAGAGAGCGCUUCACCAUCUCCGCAGAGAGGACGGCCACCACACGGGUGCACACCGCGGAGGGCAAGUCUGUGCUGGAGGUGACGCCAAUGUCUGACAGAGACUUUGGCCGCUACAACUGCACAGCCAGGAACAACAUCGGAGCGCGGUAUCAGGAGUUCAUUCUGGCCCAGGCAGACGUGCCGUCGAAUCCAUACUCUGUGCGUCUGUCGGCCGUCUCCCAGCGCCUGGCGACGGUCACCUUCAUGAAGCCCGACUCGCACGGCGGCGUUCCCAUCAGCUACUACCUGGUGCAGUACAAGGAGGUGGGCUCGCAGGACUGGAGGGACAUCAAGUCGCACAGCGUUCAGACAACAGUGGUGCUGACGGGUUUGGAGCCCAACACGACGUAUGAGGUUCGAGUGGCGGCGGUCAACGGGAAAGGUCAGGGGGAGUUCAGCCACACGGAGACGUUCCAGACUUUACCCAUACGGGAGCCGAGUCCACCAGCAGUUCACGGGCAGAGAGGAAUGGGCAAGGCCUACAGGCUGGGCCUGGUCAAGCAGGACGACGGAGGGAUGCCCAUCGUGGAGUAUAUAGUCAAGUACAAGACUUGCUCCUCUUUCCCCCCCUGUCAGGAUAAAGAGGAACAAUGGAUGACCAAGCUGGUUCCCGGGGCGAACGACUUCGCGAUGCUGCAGCCGCUGCAGUGGAACACGAGAUAUGAGGUGGAAAUCACGGCGCGCAACGUCAAGGGCCUGUCAGAACCCACCUUCUAUCAGUUCUUCAUGCCGCAGGAGCCCGAUAUUACAGCAGAAUCCCUGUUCAGCGGUCUGGGCCUGGGGGCGGUGGUGGGCCUCGGCCUGGGAGCGCUCCUGCUUCUCAUCGUGCUGGUCGACAUCAGCUGCUUCUUCCUGCGUCACUGCGGCCUGCUGAUGUGCAUCACGCGCACCCUGUGCAGCAAGAAGACGGCCACCAGCGGCAAGGGCAAAGAGAUGGAGGAGGGCAAGGCUGCCUACCUGUACACCUACACCAGCCGCGCAACCACCUUUUCAGCCACAGAAGCUGCCACUGAAGGAAGAAAAUGGAAAAGAGUCUCUCAAGCCAGAUACGAUUGAAAUCAAAGUGCACAGUGACAACAGCAUCCACACAAAGCCUGACGACAGCAAGGCGUAAGAAAAAAAGAAGAAGAAAAAAGAGAGAAUAUAGAAUAAAGGAGAAAAAAAAAAGGGUCGGUCCCCCACGCCACCAAAAGAACUUUCGGAUCACGAGACCAAAACCCAGAGAAUCUACGACAUGGAGUAAAAUACCAUAUCUGUUUAUAACGAUGCCCGCGGUGAAUGGCAUGUGUACAUACAAAUAAUAGAGAGAAAAUAGAACGGGAGGAAGGGUCAACGUUUUUAGACGCCCUGAGUGAUCAGUGUCUCAUGUUCUUGUAAAACAUGGCAUCAGUGGAAGGCUCUUGUGAUCAAUGAUUGUACUUUACUUUUUUUGGUUUUCCUUUGCUUUCGUCAGUCUGUGUGUUUUGUUGUUCUUUUUUCUUUAUUGUUUUUUUUUUUACAAACCACACAAAAUGUCACAAAAUCCCGAAAAGCUUGGCCUACAUCGCCGCUUUAAACCCGAUUGCCUGUUUCCAUGUUACGCACACUAUAGCGACCCUGUGUCCUGCUAAUGAGAGGGCAAACAACUGUAGCAUCGUGUUUCCAGCAACAACAACAACAAGUCUGAACCACGACAUCUAAGAGGCUACGGGGGGGACAACGUGACCACUGGCUCUUGUCAUUAAUGAUCAUUAUUAAUUAAUGAAGACGAAUUUGGACUUACUUUACAAUCAAUGUUGUCUGAAGGGCUGUUUUUAAGUUUGUGUCGCAGGAAAACAAUCGAAAAAAAAAGGUAACGUGUCGCAGUCUGUGAAACCACACGUGUGCAUUAACGUCACGGCUUUUGUUUUUGUUUUUUUAUUGACACUGAAUAUUGUUGACACUCCUCUCUAGCAGUGUGUUGUACUCAUUUGUGUUCAAACAUCCACAGCUGCCACAAGGUUAACUGUACUGCCAGCCAAUUAAGGCUUGUGGUGGUGGGAAAAAAACAAACAAAAAAACAAGAUGGAUAUGUGGCGGCAGACAGUGGUGUAGUGUAAUCGUCUCUAUCUGUGAAAAAGUAAGAAAAGCUGUGAAUUCAAUCUGCGACAAAAUGAGAAUCCUGCCUAAAAAGAAGCGGUCACGCUUGUCAUUUUCCCUUUUUUUCUUUCUUUUUUUGUAUUCCCGUGUCAGAUCUGCCUCUCCCAUGCAUUUGUUGUUUAUUUUUACGUUUGUUUCCUGAUUGCUAUUCUCUCUCUCUGAUGUUGUCGUGUAUUGUACAUAGGUGAAACAGAAAAAAAAAAGGAUAUUUUACAAAAAAGCUUUUAUGUAAAUAUACCCUAAAGGAUGUCUUUUUUCAAAAGUGCAACAGGCUUUCUUUGUAAAUGCUCCUCAGAUGAAAAGCUGUUUUCAUUCUUUUUUUGUUUUUCUUUCUUCCCUUUCUUGUGUUUUGGUCCAAAGUUCAGUGAUGCUGUAAUAUUGCAUUUUACAGUCAUUUGCUUUCCCCCCUGAAGAAAAUCCAUGCCCUAAGGCGAUUCCAUGGCAUUUUAAUGGAGGCAGUAAUUACGGCAUUAGUGUGCCUUCUCUUUUCUCCACCAUUGCCACUGCAGUAAUGUAAGACCGUCAAAAAAUUUACUUUUGAUCGUGACUUUGCUUCAUUUUCUUUACUUUUUCUCUUUUUUUGCCACCGAAUGUGUCGCAAAAUUGGAUUUUUUUUAUUGUGAUUCUGUGAAUUCCUGGAAAUGAACGUAGUCAUAGGACUGUGGCUUGUAGUCGCCAACACUGGAUAGGAAAACGUCAGGACGAUUGCUGAGAGUCACAUAAUUCUGGUUUUAAUGCCGUGGUCAUGAACGUGUGUGUGUGUGUGUGUGUGGUUGCAUGUGUGUGUCUACUGAAUGUAUCUGCACGUACGUGUGCCCAAGUCUCUCAGUCACAAAUUAAAUACGGUCCAUGACGGUUCUAAAAGCGCCCCUGUAGUUCUGUAGAUUGCUUAUUUGUUUUCAUAAUCCUUUCCUUUUGUUGAUUAUUUAUAUAGAUGCAGGUCAUAUAGGCUACACUGUGUGAUGACUGCACGCCGGGCGUGAUUACCCACAAGGGGCCUGUGUGUGGAGUUGGGGCGAGAGCUCUCACGCAGAGUUUUGGAGUGCACUCUCCAAAGGUAGAAUGUGAUUAGAGAGUUCUCAACAGUGAUUAAUUCCCCCGGGUGCAGCACUCGGCGCAUGUGUCUGCAAGGCCCGCCGCCGCCGCUGCUGUUUCUCGCUUCUCCAUUUGGUUUUCUUUUCUCUUUUUUGUUGCCUCGGCUUUUGUUUCCCACACAACACAGCUCUUGUACCCGCAUAUCUUCAAAUGAAUGGUUCCUGCCACGGAGUGGUUCCGCCGCCUGUUCCGAUGGACUGUAAAUAUGGGAGCACAGUGCCUGGAGGCUAUACGAUUUGUACUUGUUCUUUUGUAUUUGAAUAUGAGUCUAAAUCUCCUCACCCCCCCCUUCCCCUUUCCGACUCCUUCCUCCCCCUCUCUGUCUCCUACAUGCCUUUUUUUUCCAUAUGGGUAAAACAGGUGUGUUUUGAGCUCAGUGUAUAGUAUGUGUCCUCUUUGUCCCCCACCCCCCCGUCCCUUGGAUUGUCCCCCGCUGAGUUUGCUUUGUCCAGGAGAUGGGAACUAUUGAUGUCUCUCUGUACGUACCUGUGGAACACUUGUGACUCCUGUCAUUUGCCGCUGUAAAUAAACAUGUCCUGGUAGAAGAGAGUGUAAAA